AUUCCACACGAAAUCCAAGUAAAGGCAUUUUGAAAAAGAUGUUGUGGCCUGCAGGAAACAGGAAGACAGAAGAGGAGAAAACAUGCAGUAGAGGUCUCAAGGUUAAAGCGAACCCUGCAUUGAGGAGUAAUCGUCUGUUUAUAUGAAGUACAUACCAAUCUCUGUUAACAAAUUUUACAUUUAAAUACAGUUUCUCUUAUGUUUGCUUCUGACCAACUUAUUAUUAUGGUUUGUACAUUUUAUCUAUAUUCUUCUCCCUUGCAGUCAUAAUAUAAAUGGUUUUUUUUUUAUUUUAUUAUUAUUGGCACUAAAGGGCCUCCACAUGUCCCAUAACGAUGUGUAUUUUCUUGAAACGUUUCACAUUCCAGUGGAGCGUAAAUGUCACGGGGCGGUGCUACGUUCACUGCCCCCUCCCCCUUACAAACCACGAGGCUCUAGUGUUGACAGGCCGAUAACCGCCUAUAGGCUCUCAGCAUCCAGCUCGCUGCCAGACAAAGACUGCUCUCUCUUCCUACCGGCUGAACUAUCGCCUGAAAACUCCGCUUUUUUUGACGUUAAUAGCUUUUAAAAGCUUUAUUUUAAAGUGUGUCGGCCAAGAUAAAGCGUCCGUUCGGACCUUUCCCCCCCCCCUGUAGUGCAGGACAAACCAACCAGACUCCGCCUUCGCUUAAUUUGUCAACAAAGGGGUUUGACAAGCUCGGAAAGCCCUGCCCCCAUGUUUCCAUAAAAGGAUGAUUUGGGUAUACACGGCCAACAAUCAAACCCUGGCUAACCCUUUCUUUUCACCAUCCACUUCAUAUGGUGCGUUGACUUCCUCCGGCGCUGUGAAAGCGGAGCUAUGAUGGCGGAGCGCGUGCAGCAGCCCCCGGCCAAGCGGCUCUGCUGUCGGCCGGGCUUCGGCGCAACAUGUAGGCAAGGCCAGCGGGCCGCUGGGGCUCUGUGCGGCGGCUCGGCUGCCACCCAGGGCGAGUCGAGCCGAACCCAGAGCCCGGAGUCUCUCCUGGACAUCGCGGCGAGGAGAGUCGCGGAGAAGUGGCCGUUUCAGCGGGUGGAGGAGCGCUUCGAGCGGAUCCCGGAGCCCGUUCAGAGACGGAUAGUGUACUGGUCCUUCCCGAGGAGCGAACGGGAAAUCUGCAUGUACUCGUCGUUCAACACCGGCGGCGGGGAGGAAGUCGGAAGUGGCGGCGAGAGCGGCGACGAGACGCGGCUGCCGUUCCGACGCGGCGUCGCUCUGCUGGAGAGCGGCUGCGUUGACAACGUAUUGCAAGUCGGUUUCCACCUCAGCGGGACGGUCCGGGAACCGGCCACGUCCUCCGAGCCGGAGCUGCUGUGCAACGUCAGCGUCAGCUUCGACCGCUGCAAGAUCACGUCGGUGACGUGCGGCUGCGGCAACAAGGACAUCUUCUACUGCGCCCACGUGGUGGCGCUCUCGCUCUACCGGGUACGGAAGCCCGAGCAGGUCAAGCUGCGCCUGCCCAUCUCGGAGACGUUGUUCCAAAUGAACAGGGACCAGCUGCAGAAGUUCGUCCAGUACCUGAUCACGGUGCAUCACACGGACGUGCUGCCGACGGCGCAGAAGCUGGCCGACGAAAUACUGUCGCAGAACUCCGAGAUCAACCAGGUGCACGGAGCUCCAGAUCCGACGGCGGGGGCGAGCGUGGACGACGAGAACUGUUGGCAUUUGGAUGAGGAACAGGUCCAGGAACAGGUCAAGCUCUUUCUCUCCCAGGGCGGGUACCACGGCUCGGGAAAGCAGCUCAACCUGCUGUUCAGCAAGGUGAGAGAGAUGCUGAGGAUGAGGGACUCCAACGGCGCUCGCAUGUUGACGCUGAUCACAGAGCAGUUCAUGGGCGACCCCCGACUGGCGCUGUGGAGGCAACAGGGGACCACCAUGACCGACAAGUACAGGCAGCUGUGGGACGAGCUAGGCGCCCUGUGGAUGUGCAUCGUCCUGAACCCGCACUGUAAGCCUGAGCAGAAGCCUGCGUGGCUCCGGCAGCUCCGCAGGUGGAACGGCGUGGACGUGUGUCCCUUGGAGGACGGUAACCAUGGCAGCGAGCUGAUCAAUCUGACCAACGCUCUGCCCCAGGGGCCUCCUGGCAAUCCAGACGCUCUGACGCGCCCUCACCGGACCGUCUUCACGCGCGCCAUCGAGGCCUGCGACCUGCACUGGCAGGACCCCCACCUGCAGCACGUCAUCACCGAGGACCACUACAACAACUACUGUUACCACGACAACCUCAACGGCUCCCUCUUCGACUCCAGAGGGUGGCCCCUGUGGCACGAACACGUUCCCACGGCAUGCGCCCGAGUGGACGCCCUGCGGUCACACGGUUACCCCAAAGAGGCUGUGCGGCUGGCCAUCGCCAUCGUCAACACGCUGCGGCGGCAGCAGCAGAAGCAGCUGGAGCUUUUCCGCGGCCACAGAAAAGAGCUGCUCCACAGGGGCGUAACAUCCAUCACCAACCUGGAGGGCUGGGUGGGCCACCCUCUGGACCCCAUCGGCACUUUGUUCGCCACCCUUAUGGAGACGGGACGGGGGAGCGACGAUGGUGCCACCGCCGACUUCCCAGGCUCCCUGGGCCCCUGCAGGAGGCCGGAGAACCCUGUUUACACGCCGCGGCCUCUCCUGGAGGAAGGCGAGUCGUUUGUGGCGCUGGCUGUGGAGACGGCGCUGAUGGGCCUGGGCCAGCAGAGGGCGAUGCCGGACGGCCUCUACGCCCAGGAGAAGGUGUGUCGCAACGAAGAGCAGCUACUGGCCAAGCUCCAGGAAGUAGACCUGGACGAGGCGCUGGUGAAGAUCCUCCGGAAGCAGGCCGCGCUUCUGCUGGAGGCCGGUCCUUACAGCGGUCUGGGGGAAGUCCUCUACAGAGAGAGCGUCCCCAUGCACACGUUUGCCAAGUAUCUCUUCACCUCCCUGCUACCUCACGACGCCGAGCUGGCGUACAGCAUUGCACUCAGGGCCAUGAGGUUGCCAGUCCUCGAGUCCACGCCCCCUUCAACUGACUUGUCUCGGCCUCAGCACAUAGUGUCCGUGGUGCCCAAUCGCUACCCUCGCUGGUUCACCCUGAGCCACAUAGAGAGCCAGCAGUGUGAACUGGCCUCCACCAUGCUCACAGCUGCCAAAGGUGACGCCUGCAAGCUCCACACAGUGUUAGAGUCCAUCCAGAAGAACAUCCACUCUUCCUCUCACAUCUUCAAGCUGGCUCAGGACGCCUUCAAGAUCGCCACGCUGAUGGACAGCCUGCCGGACCUCACGCUGCUCAAGGUCUCUCUGGAGCUGGGCCUCCAGGUGAUGAGGUUGACCCUGUCCACGCUGAACUGGCGGCGGAGAGAGAUGGUGCGCUGGCUCGUCACGUGCGCCACUGAAGUCGGUGUCUUUGCUCUGGACAACAUCAUGCAGAACUGGUUCACACUCUUCACACCGACAGAGGCGACCAGCGUGGUGGCCAGCACCAUCAUGUCCAACAGCACCAUCGUCCGCCUGCAUCUGGACUGCAACCAGCAGGAAAAACUGUCCAACUCCGCUCGCACCCUGGCGCUACAGUGUGCCAUGAAGGACCCCCAAAACUGUGCCCUGUCCGCCCUGACGCUCUGCGAGAAGGACCACAUUGCCUUCGAGACAGCCUACCAGAUUGUACUGGACGCAGCCGCCACAGGAAUGAACUACACCCAGCUGUUUACAAUAGCACGCUACAUGGAGCACCGCGGCUAUCCCAUGAGGGCGUACAAACUAGCAACGUUAGCCAUGACGCACCUUAACCUCAGUUACAACCAGGACACGCACCCGGCCAUCAACGACGUGCUCUGGGCGUGCGCCCUUAGCCACUCGCUGGGAAAGAACGAGCUGGCGGCCGUCAUUCCCCUGGUGGUGAAGAGCGUGAAGUGUGCCACCGUGUUGUCGGACAUCUUGAGGCGGUGCACGCUUACGACGCCGGGCAUGGUGGCGCUGCACAGCCGCAGGAACUCUGGGAAGCUGAUGUCUUUGGACAAGGCUCCGCUCAGGCAGCUGUUGGACGCCACCAUCGGGGCCUACAUCAACACAACGCACUCUCGGCUGACGCACAUCAGCCCGCGCCACUACAGCGAGUUCAUCGAGUUCCUCAGCAAGGCCAGGGAGACGUUUCUGAUGGCGCACGACGGACACAUCCAGUUCACGCAGUUCAUAGACAACCUGAAACAGAUCUACAAGGGCAAGAAGAAGCUCAUGAUGCUCGUGCGAGAGAGGUUCGGUUGAAUGACCGAAUUUCGUCCUGGGAAAAUUUUCAUGGGAAUCUUACUUUAGGACUGAUGGCUCUAGUAUAAGGAACAAGGUCUUGAGGCCAAAAAGAAAACUGGGAUGUUAAAAUGUACUGAGCACGAAACGAGACAUUUUGGCUUUGGAACGACCGAAAGUAAUAAAGAUAAAACAGGAAUUUUGAAUCAAUAGCCAGCUUAAAGCAACACCAAGGGGCAGAUGUAUGAAACUGUGUGUAAUGGGUAGUAAAAAUAUUACCUUCCUCCUCCCAGGGUAGUUACAAAAUAAUAAACGACAGUAUGGCUACUUUGUAGCAACUUUCAGAAGUGUUAAGCUCAGUAAAGGCUAAGUUUAUCUGGCUAAGUCUUAGAUUAUGAGUUUUCCUGUAGCGAUGCACAAUACAUAGGCAAUAACAUCGGUAUCAGCUCAUGUUGGUAAUUUUUGAACAUAUUGGUAUUGGUCCGAUAAUUAAAAGUGGACCGACGUUAACAACUGAUGAUUAUUUCCGUCCAGUUUCUGUUUGUGUCUCUGGGAGGAAAGGAGAGGAGGUUCAUUUUGUGGUAUUUGCUUGGUCAUGUGACAGCGAUAAGGAUGCAGCGCAAGAUUAUGGGUAUUCAACUGAAGCAGAGAAAUAAUGUAGGUGACAUGGUAACUUUAACACGGUGUCGAAAGUGGAGGAAAAUAUUUGUAUUAUAUAUAAUUAUUGUGUAUCGCCCAUGACGGCAGUAUUAAUAUCAGAUAUCGGCUCAAAUUCUUUUUAAACCAGUGCAUCCCUGUGAUUCCCAUUACUGUUUGUCAAAACAUUUUUGUCACUGGGAUGCUAGCGUAAAUGAAAAUAUUUAAACACCUCGCCGAUACUAAAUGUAAGGAAUGAACAUUUUUGUUAGGACGAAUGUUAUGUAGUUUGGUUUUGAGUGCACCCACUCAACACAACAGAACCAGAAUCCCAGUUUAUAAACUGAGAAUAAUUUGUUCCAGUUUUGACUGGAGCUUUGUAAGAAUAAAGCAUCUCAGAUGAGUUUUCUCAAUAGAUAAUUGGAACAAAUUAUGCUAAUUUAGCUUUGUAUAUUCCAGAAUUGUCAACAAAAUCAUGAAAAAGACCAGUCUGCUAACAUGCUAAUUGUGAAGCUAAUUUUUUGGUUUAGUCCAUUAGCAUUUUUGCUAACUUUGAAAAAGUUUAGCGCACCUAACUUCCCGUUAAUACAUUUUUCUGGUUCAGUUCUGAAGCGCUAAUUUAAUUGGCUGUUGUGUAAACUUUAAAGUUUUAAGUAGAGUUUAACAUCUAUGUUGAAGUUUUGGUUACUAACGUUCAUAUUCAUGCUCUUAUUUUUAAAUAAGUGAAGACUGUUUAUACAGCAGGUCUGUUUCCUCUCCUGACAAGUGUUACUGACACCUGGCGUGCAUCAACAUGGCUGAAUUUAUCGCUUCAGUGGAUUAGCAUUAGCUUCUGCCAAAUACCAUGGUGGUAUAGUGGAUUAGCACCAGUGGAACUAAUGUUUUAAGAGUUAGCACAACUAACUUUUUAGCUAGCGGUGUCCACCACUGAAAAUGACCAACCAGCACCUCCCUGGUGUAAAAGGUGAUGAGUACAUUUAGAUGCAAGAACAUCCAAAUUAAAAUUUGUGGAUUAAUCAACUUUGAGAUUUGACCUAAAACUGAACAAUUUUGAUUUGAUGUUGGUGAUAUUUCCACCAUAUGAAAAGGAGUAGAGACAGCUUCAGCACACACAGCGUUUCUGCAUCUGAUCCCUGGUGUGGACGUGUAAGGCGCUGAGGUUUUUGAAGAAGCAUCAGUAGUACCGUGAUGUUCCGUUCUUUCCCCUUGUGUGAAAGUGAGAGCUGCUGAAACGUCUUGCCUUCGCACUCCUCUGACUCCCCUCAUCCAACGCCCACGGCCUCAAAGUGAAGACGAGCGGCUUUAAGCCAAAUGGUGCAACUCCAUCUGAAAUGACUUGUUUAAAAAGAAAAACAAAAUCCAGCUUUACUCCUUUACUUCCCCUGCUCCAUGAGGAAAUGCCGAAUCGGAGUUGCCGCCUUUUUCCCCCGGCUUCACGGCGUGUCCUACGUUCUGACUGCUGUCGUCGACACAUCGGUCGCCAUGGUGUCGACGCUCGCUCGCUCGCUCGCUCAUGUGGAAGCUGUCAAACUACAUUCUCAGGGAUUUCUCUCCAAAAGCAGACAGAAAAAGAGAACGUAAGCAUUUUAUGUGUCCUGUAUAUAUGAAAGCUGAUUAUUGGAAAAAAAAACAAAAAAACAUGUACAUUAACUAAUUUAUGACAAAAUGUUCUAUGUAAGGCACAAUACUUGAAGCUGCAUUACUUUGGAUUUAUUAUUUCUUUUGUUUUUGUUAUUUGAAAUGACGACAACAAAAAAAAAGAAACAUAUCAGUGCGACUUGACGUCGGGCUUGCGUUGCGUCAGGAAUUGCGACGCUCCGCCGCGCAGACACGGACUGAGCUGCGGGAACGCGGGGCGGGAACGGCUCUCCCGAACACAGAGGCACAUUGAGGAUUUCUGGAGUCGGACAAAGAGAGGCCUGUGGAGGCAGAGCGGCCUCUGCUCGCCUCGGCCCACGCCUCCUCUUCUCUCGCCUCGACUUUGUGCUGGACAGAAAGUUGCUCACUGCGCUGGUUCUCGACUGUUCCUCCGCUUUCAUUUCUGCGCCUCUUCUCACCUGAGCCGCUUUUUUCCCCCCUUUCUCUCUAGUAUC